GAAGGGGAAAAGCCAUCCACCCUCCUGUAGAUCCAUCAGUAGGCAGGCAGGAGACGGAUGCAAGCUCUCCUCCCUCCCGCUCUGUUGCAUCCAUUCUCUUGUCCAUCCAUCCACCCAUUUCUCCAUCCACCCAAUCCACCCAUUCACUCCCAAGGGCGUCACACUUGGGUGACAAGACCCGGCUGAAAGGCGCAUACAUGCAUGCCUGUGUAUGCGUGUGUCCUCAGUGUAUGUGCGUCUGCUCUUGCCCGUGGAUCCGCUGACAUGAGGAGCUGAAACAGAACCGACAGGAGGAUGAAAAUGCUCCGGUUUCGCAGCCCCAGCAUCCGCUCCUUGGACCAGGAGGUCCUCUGCACGAUCCGGUUACUGGACGACUCCGAGAUCUCCUGCAGCAUCCAGAGAGAUACUAAAGGCCAGUUCCUGCUGGACCAUGUGUGUAACCACUACAACCUACUUGAGAAAGACUACUUUGGUAUUCGAUAUGUGGACCCCGAGAAACAGAGGCACUGGCUGGAGCCCAAUAAGCCCGUGGUGAGGCAGAUGAAGUCAGCCCAGCAGCCGUACACGAUGUGUUUCCGGGUCAAGUUUUAUCCCAGCGAGCCAAUGAAGAUCAAGGAGGAGCUCACCAGGUAUCUCCUGUACCUCCAGCUGAAGAGAGACAUCUACCACGGCCGUCUCCUCUGUCCUUUUGCUGAAGCUGCAUAUCUGGGAGCCUGCAUCGUACAGGCUGAGCUCGGGGACUACGACCCAGAAGAGCACCCAUCAGACUACAUCCGAGACUUCAAGCUGUUCCCUAAACAAUCCCUCAAACUGGAGAGGAAGAUUAUAGAAAUACACAAGAACGAGCUCAGGGGCCAGUGUGCUGCAUUAGCAGAGUGGAACAUGCUCCAAAGGGCUCACAGCCUCGAAACAUAUGGAGUUGACCCUCACCCAUGCAAGGAUUUCACAGGCUCCACAGCCUUUCUCGGGUUCACAGCCACAGGGUUUGUGGUCUUCCAGGGAAACAAGAGGAUCCACCUCCUCAAAUGGGCUGAUGUUAGCAAACUGAAGUUUGAAGGGAAAACCUUUUACGUGAUCGGGAUUCAGAAAGAGAUCUCCUUAACAGGCAGGAUUCACUGUAACAGGAUGUCAUCACUGAAGAAACUGGUGUUGACAUUUCACACCUCGACCCCUGCAGCGUGCAAGCAUUUAUGGAAGUGCGGGGUGGAGAACCAAGCCUUUUACAAGUGUGCAAAGUCAAGUCAGAUAAAGACAGUUUCCAGCAGUAACAUCUUCUUCAAAGGCAGCAGGUUCAGAUACAGCGGAAGAGUAGCCAAGGAGGUGAUAGAAGCCAGCUCUAAGAUUCAGAGAGAGCCGCCAGAGGUGCGCAGAGCCCAGUUUGGUCAGAGCAGAAGUUUUAACUCCCUGAGCCAUAAAAACCUCAUCAUGAACAUGGAACCGCUGGUACCUGCACUGCCCUCCACCAACGAGUACGAAGAGACGGCCACAGACAACGGUGUUGUUGCUGUGAAAGACUCUGUCCCCUUGUCCCCUCUCAAACCUCCAGCCACACCUGCAGACACAGAGCAACAAGGUACUGAAGGAAGAAACUCUGCUUUAGGCAACGACCUGCAGCCUCCACGUGUUUCCAUGGAAACCUCAAAUCUCCGACCUCAGACACCCAAAGCUGAAGAUGAAGUGGAAGAAGACGACGAGGCCAGUGGACCACUCACCAUUUCUGAGCUCGUCUACAGCCCCUGUGCCAGCAUGCUGCCCACCCCAGUGGAUGACAGUCAAGGAGGCGUCGACUUGCUCUUCUCCUCUCCGGUCCAGAGCCCUGCCAGGCUGCUGAGGGAGCUUCAUGCUGACCCGGACAUCCAGGCCCAGCUGGAGGCUGAAAGAGAGCGAGACCGGGCCUAUGAACGCACCCGAAUGGCUGCGAGAAGUCGAGUGGGUGGAGUACUGAGCAGCAGCCUGCGCCUACUGUCAUCCAAUGAGAGGGUCAAUGCAUGUCUGCUGAGUGUGGCCCGCUUGGUUGCCGUGGUAAUGGGCGUCCUGCUCGUCACUGUGCCCACACUGCUGCUACUGCUGGAGUCAGACAUCGACGUGUCGUUCCUCCACGAGAUCCGCCAGACGCCGGAGUUUGAGCAGUUUCACUACGAGUACUACUGCCCGCUUCGACGCUGGAUCCUGUGUAGGAUCAGCAUGGCCAUGGAGAACCUCUGGUCUGACUGAAGAGGACAAGGAGGGGAAGAAAAAGGAGAGAGUGUCUGUCUUAACACGUGAUUUAAUCCUAUAUUCAGUCUUAACUGGUGUCUCUUGAGACAGAAGAACCAGUCUGCCAAUGGGAUGAAAUGAUUUUACUUGUUUAAGAGGGCUCACAGUAGGUUGUAUGAAAAAGAUGCCUCAGAUGAAAACAUUAUUUCUGACUGAAUUAUACCCAAAAAAGUAGAUUUAUUUCGCCUCUUUGGCAGCAUAAUUUACUGUCUUGAAAAUAGAGAGAUAAGAGAGAAAUAAAAAUUAAUCAUAGGAUCCAAUCACUUGUUAAGAUAGACACUUUUGGCAGUGAUGCACUGAAAAAGAAAGAGAACAAGAAAUGCUGCAAGUGCUCGAGGAAGAACCUGUGGAAGAAGAGAGAGGAAGCCAUGGACAGAAAAAAAAAGAUUGAGAGAUGGAAAAAAGUGUUUGGUUUGGUUUAAAUAAAUGUUUUAAUGGUCUGUUUGCUCCUGAUGCUGACAAGCUGAUGCAAUGACUCUUUGGUAAAUAUCACCAACCAUUCUGAUUGGUUCUCGCCCUCAGAGCUGAGCACCUGAUUGGUCACAGAGCCUGCCAGUCAUGACGGAGUGGUUGGGGACAGAUGGAGAAAUGAUUGAUUUGUCAUUGAACGCAACAAUAGCCACAGUCAGAGGUACAUUAUAUAUAUAUUUAAAAAAAAACAAAAGAGAAAUAUUGAUGAUUAAUACCAAUCUUAAAUAAGUUGUUUUUAACGUUUUGUACAUUUUUAUGUGAUCCAGAACUUUCAGGAAUUUUUCAGUCAGAGGAUCUACUUUGAGCUUAUUUUGAAAUUAAGAGUUUACAAAAGAUUACAAAAAAAAAAAAGCAAAUUUAUUGAAGUUUAUCGGGGGUGAUGGGUGUUGAAAAAUUUAAGCUAUUUUUUAAGACUACCGUCAGAGUUUGUUGACUCGGUAGCACCCUGGGUUUUUCCUACAGAGGCUAUAGCACAAAUCUUUUACACAGACCACAGAUUACAACUGUUUCAGAUUAUGUGAUGUCAUUUUGGAAACAAGAGGGCUGCAGGCAGGAGAGAAGUUUCAGGCUGUUUGUGAUGAUAAGUCUUGUGCGUUUUGUUGAACUUCUAAACGUCUUCUGAACUAAAUGUUAGCUCACUAAUUGAGGCUAUUUGUGCAUCUUUUCGGUGUGUUUGAAGAUUUUUUGAACAUUAAACAUAUAGAGAAUGAAGGUUGUUUGUAGGGAUAAGAGUUACUGUGGGAGUAUUACGGUAAUCUGGGGGUCUUUUGUUAGUCAGUGGCGUGGAGCUUUGUAUAUGUUUCGCUGAGAUUUGAAGCGAUAGGAAGGUACCCAGAGGACAAAGUGUGUACAGUCCAACUAUACUGCUGACACAUGAUGGGACGUGAUGCGUUUAAUGGUCUAAAUUUCUCACACAGGUCGUUCUCUGGUCGUUGAUGUCAGACUGAACGAACAUGGUACAAGUGCAGUUGCAGGUAUUUAACCUAAAGAAGCAGAUCAGCCACAAAAUCACAUUAGAAAUGAGUUGUAGAAAUUUCUAAGAGGAUCUGUGAUGACAUCAUGUUGAGCAUCCUGUUUAUCAUUUGAAUGAUUGCACAGACUUCAUGAUGGUAUUUUCUUAUUUCAAUGACAGUGACCAACAACUUAUCAGGAGUUGUCAAUGGGGAAGAUGUUUAACCGUUGAGUUUGAGUAGAUUUAAAGCUGUGUGCAUUCACUGCUGAUAUGGUUGAGGUUCCCAAAAAGUCUGGAGCCACGGAGUCAAAGAUAAACUAUAUAUAUACACUAUAUAUACAAGGUUAAAAGAGAGAAUGUAUAAUUAAAAAAACUAUAUUUGGUACAAUUAGAGCAAGGACUGAACUGUAGAUUCUGACUUUAGGUUCAGUCCGUUUGUGUCAAAAUCUUUGAAUAGACAAGGUUUAAUAAUGUAACUUGGCUCCUCCUGUAGCCCUGAUGAGAAAUGCAUCAGUCACUUUUGGGAACUUACAGCCAUCACCGCGUGAUUGUUCAUCGUUUAGACAGUGCCUGUCAGUUAUAGUACAAAGUGGCUCUGAAUGGAGGACAGAGAAGUACAGCGAUGAGAAAUGACUUCAGAUCAAAUGAAAACAGAUGUUUUAUUUAAAAAAAAAAAAAAAAAAAAAAGUUGUGUUCAAAAUUAUGUUUGAGUUGGAUCAACUUCUCAGGAAAGGGUAUUAUUAGCAGUUCAAAAUACAUAUAUAUGUCUAAAGAAAAAAUGAAAACAAAAAUGCAUCUAAUCACAGCAUACAUCAUAUAGUUUAUCCAUAACAUUCAUACAUGUCUUGCUAUUAUGCUGUUAUGAAUAUCCAAACCUUCUAUGUAUUUAUGAGUCUGUAGCUCGACAUAGAUAUGGCUGCAGACUGACUGUGUUGUUGUAGCCUCGUUUGACUCACCUACGUAUGCAUCCAUGUCAUUCUAAUGAAAAUGUUACCCUUUACUGUUGAGAGCUAGUAAAAUCGCAUUUUUUGGCCGCCAUAGCUGGACCUUCAUAUUUCUUUAUGGCAGAGCAGACACUGAGAUCUCACACAGUGUUCAGGCUGAACUACUGCUUUAUUUUUCAGAAAUCAUUCUCCAUAGUCUUUGGCUGCUUACAGAGGCCUCUGCAGCGCACAUCACCAUCACCCUCUCAUUAUAAUCGAUCAAAUGUUUCUGCUUCAUGUUACCAGCUGUGUUGUCAUGUAAACUCUGUAGACUUUAUGCAUUAACAAGCUUUAUGCAUAUAGAAAAUAUGCAGUAACGACAGAAACACGCUUAUCUGAGACAAAGCAUUUAUUUUCCUACUACAGUACAUGCACUGAGUUUCCAUGUUGAAACCAAGCGAAGGGCCAAACCACUAUGAUGACAACUUAUAACAUCACAGACGCUGAGAUAAUAACGGCUUCACUGUAGUGGAUGAAGCUGAUCUGUAUGCACUGCUAAAUGAUCACCAUCAUCCCAUGUUAGGUAACAGAGGGGGAUUUCAUCAUGACCUGUCAUCCUGUCUUCACGUGUAGCUGUUGCUCCUCCAUGUGCACCAAGAUGCUUCAGUGAUUCGCUGUAGAUUUAAAAUAAGGACACUCUGUAUAGGCUUCAUGUACACAGCUGUACAGACAUAGUUUAUCCCCAGCUUUGGCCCUUUAUUUCUGUGCUUCAUCCCUGCUCUUAACUAACCUCACCUCCUUUUGCGGACCUCUUAAUGCAAAUUGCAUGACCUCAUCUGUAAAUACUCUGUUUAUAGCUGUGGCAACAAAACAAAACAAAACAAAAAAAAAGAUUUCCUUUCUUUCUUCCCUCUGCGUGUCUUGUUUGUGUAAAGCGAUCUAGAUAUAGGCUUGGCUGUCUUGACCAUCUUAGAUGAAUGCAUGUUUUCUGUGUUUUUACCAAGACGAGGAAGAGAAGAAGAGUUUGAGACAUUAAAAAGGCUUUUCUCUCAAUCAAAUUUAGGCAUUUAAAAAAAACACACACACAUCAUGCAGUGUGCUUUGGGCUUCAUUUUUCAAGGCUGAAUACAUGUGGAUGCUAAUUCAAAACCAAAUUUUGUCUGUUUAAAUUAUGUCUCAGCACAAAAAAAAAAACAUUCUCGAUGGCUGCUUGGAAAAGAUCCUUUAAAAAAGAGCAGCACUAAAAUAUUUGACUAGUUAGCUUCGUUGUGCAUUUAGUGUGUGUGCGUGUGUGUGUGUGUGUGUGUGUAUAAAUCAUUAAAGCCAGACACUAAACACUAACACCUAACCUCAUUGCAAAUGGAGCAUGCUAUUAACUGAAUCGAUUGAAUCCAGAAACAUUACUUGUUUUGUUUUUUUAAAAUGACACUGAAGCGAGUGGAUGGAAAGUCCAAAUACACCUCAACUCAUUGCAAACAACAAAAGGCCUUUCAGUUCUGUGAUGAAACAGAUCUUUGGCCCCGUAUGACACUGUAGCAUUAUAUUAGUUUGUAGCUCAUUUAUCAGUUUAGCAGCCUUUAUGAGUUUAAAAGGGAAUUUUAACCCCUUUGAGAUUUAGCUCUUGUUUUGAGCUACUGAACUUCAGUUCCUGUGUUUUUACAGACAGCAUAUAGACGGACCGAGAGUACGACGUUUGUCGCCUGUACUGUGAUAAAAACAUCAUUAAGAUCACACACCAGUUGAUGUCAUAUCUGAGGUAUUACUUCAUACAAAUCCAGAAGUUUCUGACAUGAGUCAAGUAUUUACAAACCUUAAAUUUAAUUACCUUUAAGAAAAAUAAAACCAACAACCGACGUGGAAGUCAAAACCUAACACACAAAUAUUGCUUUUAAUUAAUUUAUUUAAGAUUUGAAAUAUUUGAACUCAGGUCUACUAUAUGCAAAACUAUUGGACAUCACAUGGUAUAAGAGAAAUAUAAGCUGUUGUUUAGUGUAUUAUUUCAGUGUUGCGUGAGCAUGUACAGUAGCAGAUUCUCUUGCACGGUCACUUUGUUGUUUUUGAAUGUUAGUCAAACUGAUUGUUUUGUUGUUUUAUUGGUUCGUCAAAUUAUUUAUUAUUUAUUUAUAAUUAGUUAUUGUUUUGUUUGUCAUUCAGUUUCUUUUAAAUAGAAACUCUGGGAGAUUUAAUUUCAGAAGAAUCAAAAAAAAAAAAAGAAGAAAUCCCUUAGUCAUGACCCCCUCUCUUCUGGGACAACCAAGCCUUAUGAACUUUGUGAAGUGAAAAUUUUGAAUGUUUAUAUGUUAUAAAAGAAAACAUGGAUUGUUUUAUAUGUUAAUACUGCCACAAUAAAGCUCCCUAAUGAAUAUACAUUGAAA